UGCUGUAACUAAAUAAUGUUCAGAUCUCAUUGGCUAUCAGAGAGUCGACUGACAUGCAAUAUGCGUGGUCUGAUUGGUCACCCCUCCCCCAACCCGGAAGUUGCGAGUGAGCUGCUGCUGCUGCCUGCUAGUGCUCUGAAGAUGGCGGGUGUGUUUGAGGUGGAGGUUGAUGGGGUUCAUCACGAUCACGGGGGCCAUGAAGACGACAAGCAGAUUGACAUGUCCCAGCUGUCACCAGAAGAGAGGUGGAGACUGGAACAUGCACGGAUGCACGCCAAACACCGCGGCCACGAGGCGAUGCACGCUGAGAUGGUCCUCAUUCUGAUCGCCACCCUGGUGAUUGCUCAGCUCCUGCUGGUGCAGUGGAAACAGAGGCACCCCAAGUCCUACAAUCUGGUGACCCUCUUCCAGAUGUGGGUGGUGCCGCUGUAUUUCACAACCAAGCUGCACUGGUGGAGGUUCCUGAUCACCUGGCUGCUGUUCUCCACAAUCACAGCCUUCGUGACCUUCCGAGCGACCCGCAAGCCGCUGGAGCGCACCACUCCGAGACUGGUAUACAAAUGGUUUUUAUUGCUCUACAAAAUGAGCUAUGCCACUGGGAUUGUGGGCUAUUCUGCUAUCAUGUUUACCUUGUUUGGCGUUAAUUUAAUAUUCAGAAUAAAGCCAGAAGAUGCGAUGGACUUUGGCGUUUCACUCCUCUUUUAUGGUCUCUAUUAUGGAGUAUUGGGGCGGGACUUUGCUGAAAUGUGUGCAGACUUCAUGGCUUCCACUAUAGGGUACUACAGUGCGUCCGGCAUGCCCACCAAACACCUGUCUGAUGACAUCUGCGCCGUAUGUGGGCAGCAGAUCCUGGUGGACGUGAGUGAGGAGGGCAUCAUUGAGAACACAUUCAGACUGUCCUGUAACCAUGUAUUCCACGAGUUCUGUAUACGAGGCUGGUGCAUUGUGGGAAAGAAGCAGACCUGCCCCUACUGCAAGGAGAAGGUGGACCUCCAGAGGAUGUUCAGCAACCCCUGGGAGAAACCUCAUGUGAUGUAUGGGCAGCUGCUGGACUGGCUGCGCUACCUGGUCGCCUGGCAACCAGUGAUCAUCGGCCUUGUUCAGGGAAUUAACUACGUCCUGGGACUGGAGUAGUAGGCAAUCCCAAGAGGACACACAGCUGGUGGUUACUGUGUCUUCAGGGUAUAGGCUGCGAAAAAGAAAUCAGGAGGCUCAUCUACCAGGAAACUGCAACAGACAUUGGUGGAAAAUAGGAAACAUAAUAAUGAACUAGAAUAUAAAUAUAUAUGUACAUAAAUAUAUAUUUAAAAGAAGAAUGCUUGGAUAGUGAUUUUACCAGCAACUUGGUUUCAUAUUUGUUUUUUUUGGUGUGUUUUUUUUUUUUUUUUUUUU